AUGCGGAGGUUCCGCGGCCAGAAACGCCAAGGAACACUCUGGGCUGCCCACGCCUCGCUUUCUCCUUUUGGCGCAGAUGCCCGCCGAGAUUUCCUGGGACUCCAAUCUCUUAGUUUAACGGAUGGCGAGCGGACUCAGCUUCUGGGGCGAGGGACCGGGGGUGCCGGAGAGGAGGGGCUGGGGGACAAGACGACGGUGGGGGGACCAAAACAUCAGGAAUACACCCUCCACAGUGUAAGGUUCUUCAUUAAGAUAAGGGAUGACUGGCGCUUUCCGUCUCCGGGAGUCGCCGCGAGUGCAGCCCCCACCAAGUCGGCCCACGUGCAGUGGACGGUCCUUCGCGGCUGCUCCAGCUUCCUCAUUAAGCGCAACAAACUGACGUACAGCACCGAGACCAACAACCUCAAGGCCCGAAACUCGUUCCGCUACAACGGGCUGAUCCACCGGAAGACGGUGGGCAUCCAGCCGGCCGCAGACGGCAAGGGCAUAGUGGUGGUGCUGAAGCGGAGGGCAGGGCAGAGGAAGCCUGCCACUUCCUACGUGAGGACCGCAAUCAACAAAAAUGCCCGGGCCACCCUCAACAGCGUCCGGCACCUCACCCGCAAGACUAAAUACCGGAAAGAUCUCCGCGUGGCCGCUCUACGCUGGGCCAGCGCCGUCCUUCGAAGCCAGAAGCCAGUGGUGGUGAAGAAUAAGGGAACCCGCUCACUCGAGAGCACCUAA